GAUAUCCAUUGAUGGAUCCACCUUAAGUUUACUAUUCCCCAACGCUUGACAAUCUAUUCCAACACCCUUGAGAUUCGACAGACUACCAAAAGGACACACCUCCUGUUCAUGUCUCUUCUCAACGGCCUUGAGACAUCAAACUUCACUAGCACCCGCACAUAAUCCUUUGUCUGAGCCUUCUCCGGGUCGAAAGGGACUUCCACCACCUCACCAGCGAAUUUGCCUAAGUCGUGUAUGGCUUCCGGAGUGUAGUGAUUCACUGGAAUAUUUCUCAUCUGCACCCAUACAUGAAGAAACUUCAGGUAGUCUGCCGGUGGCCUCUCCACCCAUCUCUCAAGCGCUAUAGACCACAUAUUACUGGUAUGAGGUCCACGAUGUAACACAUCCAACAGAUCCCUUUCAUAUUUGAAGAUGAACUGAAAUCUAUCUUUGGAUAGAGCUACACCUCUGACUCUAUCAUAUAACUGUCAUUUUCUUGGCAUAUCCAAAAUUAGAUCAGUCAUCUUCUGACACUGCGGAUUCAACAAUCUUCCAGUUAGACUCAAGGAGUUUCUCUCCGUAGAAUAAUACUCCGGUCUAUCUGGGAGAACAUACGGCUUUUCAUCUUCCUCCAGUGACAUCUCUAGAGCACAGGAAGGAAGGGAGCAUGAGAUAGAUAAAUAGCUUUAUCUCUUUCCUGCAACGUAGCAAAUAACGCUAAAAACAGAGGAAGUGAGAGAAGACAAACAUGGUGAGACAGGAGGAGAUAUAGGUGAACGCGCAAAUCAAGAUAUAAAAAAGAGACCUUCAUUUUUAAAAAAAAUUCUGUGUGAAUUUUGACUAAAAUCUUUUUGAAAAAAGGGAAGGAGGAUAGGGUCGUGCGUGUCAACGAGAGGAGGUGCUGGACGAGAUGCCUCCUCAGCCACGGCGGCGAGGAGGCUCCCGUCUCAGCACCUAAGCGGAAGCCUAACCUCUUCUGGCUACGCCGCCGGAGAUCCUCCGGGGCUUUUCAAGUCAAAGCCACGUACUCCCGUUGACCUCGUCCGACAGACGCGCGAUCUCCUUCUCUACGCCGAUCGCUCCAACUCCUCCUCUUUGCCUGAUUCCAAACGCCAUGAAAAGAUGGCGGAGCUAAGCCGGAACAUCCGUGAUAUGAAGUUCAUUCUCUAUGGAAACAGCGAGGCCGAGCCUGUUGCUGAAGCUUGUGCACAGCUGACUCAAGAGUUCUUUAGAGAGGAUACUCUACGCCUCUUCAUUACCUGUCUCCCUAUUCUCAACUUGGAGACUAGGAAAGAUGCUACGCAAGUUGUUGCAAAUCUACAGAGGCAGCAAGUCAAUUUUAAGUUGAUUGCUUCUGAUUAUCUUGAAGCCAACGUUGAUCUCAUGGAUGUUUUGAUACAAGGCUGUGAGAACUUAGACAUGGCUUUACAUUAUGGUGCUAUGUUUAGGGAGUGCAUCCGCCAUCAGAUUGUUGCCAAAUAUGUUUUGGAGUCUGAGCACGUGAAGAAGUUCUUUGAUUACAUACAGCUUGCUAACUUUGACAUUGCUGCCGAUGCAGCUGCUACUUUUAAGGAGCUGCUUACUAGGCAUAAGUCUACCGUUGCCGACUUUCUCACCAAUAAUGAAGAAUGGUUCUUCGCGGACUACAACUCAAAGCUUCUUAAAUCAGUUAAUUAUGUAACCAGACGGCAAGCUAUUAAGUUAUUGGGUGAUAUAUUACUGGAUCGAUCAAAUUCAGCUGUGAUGACGAAAUAUGUGAGCUCAAUGGAUUACUUAAUGAUUCUCAUGAAUCUUCUGAUAGAGUCUAGCAAGAGCAUCCAGAUAGAAGCAUUCCACGUUUUCAAGCUGUUUGUGGCGAACCAAAACAAGCCUGCAGAGAUAGUCAACAUUCUGGUGACUAACAGAAGCAAGCUUCUUAGAUUGUUGGCUGAUUUGAGACCAGACAAAGAGGAUGAGAGGUUUGAAGCAGACAAAAGUCAGGUCUUGAGAGAAAUUUCAUCCCUUGAGCCGCUAGUUCUUGCAUGAACCAACCAACAGAUAUCGUUCUUCCUUUCCUUUUUAAACAUUCCAAAGACAUUUUUGGAGGUUCGAAGUUUGUUCUUUUAGGUAAACCAAUCUCUUUCACUUUCUCUUACACACACACACACAUACAGACAAGAUAUUUAUUUGAUUUGUGUAAUCACUUGUACACUUUUCACUGUUGAUGAAAUAAAAUGGCUUUGUUUAUAA